ACUUCGACCACGUCGACCAUCUCCCACCCUCGGGGCUCCGUGCCCUCAUUACCAAUUUACAUCUCUCUCGAGCUUAACUUAUCUUUCUUGGAGGCAUCCACCAGCAUUACCAGGCCAAGAUGGCCGAAUACCACUAUGACGAGUCUGGCAGCAUGGCUGCUUACUUUCUCCUCACGUUCCUACUCGUCGUCUUAAUACCCCUCACAUUAUCGUCAACGUCCGUCUUCAGUCCUAAGCAGGACAAGAAUGGCUGUCCGUGCCAGGAAUGCGUGAACCAUCGUGUAAAGUUGCGUCCGGGCUUGUUCAGCCCCAGAGCCAAGAGGAGGCGCGUACUCUUCAUUCUGCUUGUUGGUUGGUCAUUCCUUGUCUUCGUCGUGUACAAGGUUGCAACAUCCAAGAUUGACAACAAGCUGUACAAUCCCUUCGAAAUUCUUGACAUCAGCAUGGAGACAUCAAUAAAAGACAUCAAGUCGCACUACAAGAAAUUGUCGAGGAAAUUGCAA